AUGUCGACUCUGACGAUCCAAGUCCUCAACAACAGCGGCAACAGCAAGAUUUACUAUCUGUUUUAUCAGCCAUUUUCAGCUCAGUUCACACCAAUGGCAUGUGUGACCCAGAAGUCAACGACCAUCACGAACAACAAAGCCGCAACAUUCAUGGUCGAAAUGCCCUCUGCUGUCGUCUGCGGAACUAGUCCCAAUAUUCCACUGGCCCCCGGUGUCAAUGUAAACAUCGAAGAGUCAACAAUUAUUACACCUCCGCAGAGCGUUUCUAUCGGAGUUCAGGGCAACGACCCAUACUUUCCUUCUAUUGACGCAGAGGCCACUGGAGGUAACUGGGCGAAAAUAUCGACGACGAGAUAUGACUCAAACCCGGACGCACAUCUGUUUUGUGGUCUGGGUGUUGUCCAGGCUUCUGGACGAGUUACUCCCAGCUGUGUAUGGGAGAUUGAACCGAUUUCGAGCUAUCCGGUUCCCGAUCCUCCCCAGCCACUGGUAUUCUACAUUUCCAGCGAUCCGAAUCUAGAUAUUGGAACAAUCACCACGGCAAAGGAUGCAGUACCCGCUGUUGCUGUUGACUUUACUGGUACCGGAGGUACAUUCUGUCUGGUCACGCAGUUGUCGAAUGGUUCUUUUCAGGUGAAUCCUCCUUCGGAUGAUACGAAGCUGGGUCGUCGGGAGUGA